UCAUGGAUUUCCACUGCUGCCAGCCACCGAGCGCGGCUGUCCGCUAGGACAGCUGACCUACAAAGGCAUUGCCCAACUUCUGCAUGUGGGCGAGAUCAUGCAUCAGAUCUAUGCACCCACAUUGGGUUUGCUGCUCAAGCCAAAUGCGCUGCGCGCGGCACAGGAUUCGACGCCGCAUACGCUGCUCAAUUCGGAUGAAGUGGUGGUGUUCACCACGCGCUAUCGACGCACCUUUCAAUCAGCACUGGCGCUGCUCUAUACACUGCUGCCGGCAGAUAAGUGGCUAGCGCUAAACGUGCGUGAAUCCCAUAGCAUGGCCUUUUGCUUCUCCGACUGCAGCUGCGCUCAAUCCGCAGUGCUACACAAGCGCUUGAAUCUGCUGGCGGAUCGUCAGCUGCAGCAACGUGCCGAUGUGCUGGCUGUCAUGCAAUGGAUUGGCGGCACGCUGCUGCAGCAUACGCCUAAUGAGGGUGGCGUCACCAAUCCCUUCGAGGUAGUGGAUGCCAUGUUGACGGUGCUAUGCCAUGAUGCAAGCUUACCGUGCCGCCGACGCAAUGGCAGCCAGCCCAGCAGCACGCGCGCCAAUAAUCAGGAGCUGGUAGAUGUCAUCAACAUAGAUCAGGAUGAAGCAGCGCCUAAUCUGCUGCAGGAGGGUGAGGCAGCCGCAGCGCCUGCGGAGCAACCACUGCUAACCGGCGAAGGCGAGGGCUGUGUAGAGCCCGCUCAUGUGGAUGCGCUCAUGUCCUUUACCGAUGAGCUCUCCUUACGCACCGCUAAACAUGCAUUCUACAAGCGCUCCGGUCUACUACGAGCCUACGGCAUGAUACGUCACAUUGUUGGCUAUAUGCUCAAGAUGAUCUCUGGCGAUCGCACCAAGUUUGUGCUUUAUUCGGGCCAUGACUGGACGAUGCAGUACCUCACAGCUGCGUUGGGCAUUGUCACUAGGGAAGGCCAGAUCAUUGCCUAUGCCUCCCGGCUCGCCUUUGAGGUCUAUCGCAGCGAAGCGCAUACGGAUUAUUAUUUUCGAGUUGUCUACAAUGGUCGCGAUGUCACGCAGCAGAUUGACUUCUGUGAGGGCGGCAAGAGUUUACGCGUCACGCGUGACAGUCGUGGCAAUAAGGCCGAUUUGUGCCCCAUUGAGAAUAUUAUACGAUUUCUACACGAGGAUUACUUUGCGCCACUGAAUGCCACCAACUUUAAGGAGGCUUGUGCCGCCAAUGCAGCUAAUCCGCCCAAAGCGAAUGAGUUCUAAGAGUAAGGCAACUGGGUUCUUCUGUCAGCACUUUGAACUGUGAUAAAUAGUUAAGCUAAACCCGCUAUAACCCACUUGAAACUAAAAACAUAUCAGAUCAAGUCGAGCCCAAUCGAAUAGAUCAAAUAAUUAAACUUCGAGUACAUAUCCAAUGCAGAGCUGUAAAUGAAUCUUUAGAUGAUAUUUGCUUUUUAAUAAGUUAUAAAAUUAGAAUUAUUCAUUUCAUUGUAAGUCCUG